AUGAAUCUGCGGGCUGGCGUGAAUCUGCGGGCUGGCGUGAAUCUGCGGGCUGGCGUGAAUCUGCGGGCUGGCGUGAAUCUGCGGGCUGGCGUGAAUCUGCGGGCUGGCGUGAAUCUGCGGGCUGGCGUGAAUCUGCGGGCUGGCGUGAAUCUGCGGGCUGGCGUGAAUCUGCGGGCUGGCGUGAAUCUACGGGCUGGCGUGAAUCUACGGGCUGGCGUGAAUCUGCGGGCUGGCAUGAAUCUACGGGCUGGCAUGAAUCUACGGGCUGGCGUGAAUCUACGGGCUGGCGUGAAUCUGCGGGCUGGCGUGAAUCUGCGGGCUGGCAUGAAUCUACGGGCUGGCAUGAAUCUACGGGCCAUGAAUCUACGGGUUGGCAUCAAUCAAUGA